AUGCUGGCUCGAGCCAAUUCGGAUCCCACCUUCAUGGGCCGCAUAAUUACUGGUGAAGAGGCAUGGGUCUACGAAUAUGACACACUUACGAACCAGCAAUCAUCCGAAUGGCGGCCCAAAGGCACUCAAAAGUCGAAAAAACCACGCCAAAGCCGAUCAAAAGUGAAGGUAAUGCUCAUUGUUUUCUUCGAUAUUCGUGGUGUCGUCCACUAUGAAUACGUACCAACUGGUCAAACCAUCAGCAAAAAGUAUUAUGUUGGUGUUAUGAGGCGCUUACCAGACGCUAUCCGUCGUAAGCAUCCGAGUUUGUGCGCCAACAAUUCGUGGAUUCUUCAUCAUGAUCAUGGCAUCCCGGAAAGUGCCUACAAAAAAUCUUUUGACAAUUGA